GCUGUUUAGGAAUCGAAAGUGAAACAGCAGCAGGGCUCAUUUCACUGAGACGGAACUGUUCUCAUCCGGAACUAAACACACGCAGCCUGUGGAUCCCGCCCGUACCGUAACUGUCAGGACAGGCGAGGACAGGUUAUGGGGGAUUCCAGCUUCAGCGGUUUCAGCUUUAUUUUAGUAAAAUGAGCGACGAUGUUGGUCGCUGCGCGGUUUCUGUCUUCUCUUCUCCUCAGAGGUCACUCAGGUCUCCUCCCUCCCGCGAAGCUCCGCCCUCUGUACUGCACAUGCUGCCGCAGGGCAGUCCUUAUCCCGGCUGCAGGUCUGGAGUCCUUCAGCGUUGAAGCUCUGGAUCUCUGCGGGGAAAACAAAUCGCUGGACUCCUUCUACACCCCUGAGCAGCGGGAGACUAUCCUAAAGCUCCUCAACACGGGGUCAGAGACCGAACUGGCUGGGGUCAAGCUGCUCAGAGGGCGAAAACUGGUUAAUAUGCUGGAGUACAGGACGAGAAACGGACCCUUUAAAGAUCUGGAAAGCAUUGUAAAUGUGCCGCUGCUAAAACAUAAGAGCGCCGUCAUCGUGUUUAACUCCAUCCUGAACCCGGCUGUGCGGAAAGAGAAGAAGAAGGAGAAACUCCAGCUUGCAAAGUUCAUCAGACCAUUGGUGGACAAGGAACAUUUACAGGCUGCCACUUCUAUCGUCUCCAUUGUGUGCGGCACAAAUAAAAUAGCGUGGACGCAUGUGGACCGGGCGGUGACCGUCUUAGACUGGCAGCAGGAGGAGUGCCGCAGUUUCAUGAAUGGGACGUAUAUGGCAUCCAGUUAUUUGGAAGAUAUUUCAGCCGUGGUUUCAAACCUGCCUGCUGCUGAUUUGUUUGUGGUGGAGAAGCCGGGCAUAUCUCUCCAGAACACGACGCUGUACCCGGUCAUGGCUCACCUGCGGACGGUGGAGGCCAUGCUCUUCGCUCUGCUCAGCCCGAAGAGAGAGCCAGGGUCCGCCCCAAAGGUUUUAAACAUGAUGCGCACCACAGUGGGCCGACAUUUCGGCCUGAUAGUGGGCGAGAGUCGGACAAGCGGCGCUCAGACGGUCAGGCAGAUGAUGACCGAGUCUGUGACGAAGAAGUAUCCACGGGUGACGUUCCCGAGAGAGAUGCUGAUGAGGUAUCAGGGGGCAUUCCACAUAAAUAGCAGGAACAGAGGGGAGGAGCUGUGUGACGCGCUUCUCCAAGCUGUGGCUUUCUAUGAGCUGCUCACAGAGUGAAGGACAGAUGGACAUACUGACACAUCCUACGUCUGCAUUGUGUUCAGCACAAGUGAAACAUGCUGGACGCACGCGGCCCGAGCGAUGACCAUGUGAAGACUGCCAGCAAGAAGAGUGCUGGGAUUUCAUGGUGUACAGGGCGUCCAGUUCUUUGGAAGCUGUAUGACUGUCAUUCUAGAUGGACUUUCCCCACAAACCUCUACUUUCCAGCUAUGAACACCUCAGACUAACAAGCUAGUAGUUUUCUCUGUUCUUGCUGAUUUAAUUAGAGGAUGGUGUCUUUAAUGCACAACAAAAGCCCGAUUGCUUAAAGUGUAUAAAUUGCAUAUUUAUUGUGUGAAAAUAAAGUGAGAACAGUAACCGUU